UGGAGCUCCAGUUGGCUGAGUGCGCUCAGACGCUCAGACGCUCAGACGCAUCUCACUGCUGGCUGGAGUUGGAGGACACCGUCCACGUCUCUUCUUCCACCGCUGUGUCCUCUGAUCUGAUCCUGUGUCUUUGUCUCCCGGCGGUGAGAAGACCACCCGCACGGGAGCAGAAAGAAAAGAAAAGACCACUUCCUCUUUUGUCUACUAAGAGUCAGAGAAACUGAAUCCGGACUGGACACUUAUUGGAUUUUAUUUCUCACAUGAGUCGAGCUGGAUGUACAGCGGAGCGCGCACUGCUGCGUCUUUUCAAUGGAUUUCAGUCCAGUGGAAGAAGUACCCUGGGAAUCAAACUACUGUUAAGUCGCUUUUAGUCCGCACAUUUUGUUCCAAUUUAUAUUUCACACGGAGAGGAAGACGAUGAUCCUCCCAGUGUUGUAUGUCCUUCUGCCUCUUUUGGAUGUGUUGUCUUACGCGGAGGAGAACCUGCGUGCUGGAGCCAGCCGGCUGGACUGUGUGAGGGCCAGCGAGCAGUGCCUGAAGGAGCAGGGGUGCAGCACCAAGUACCGCACCAUGAGGCAGUGCGUGGCCGGCGGCAAGGAGAGCAACUUCAGCUUGACGGCCGGUCAGGAGGCCAGGGACGAGUGCAGGAGCGCCAUGGACGCGCUCAAACAGAGCCCUCUGUACAACUGCAGAUGUAAACGGGGCAUGAAGAAAGAGAAGAACUGCCUGCGCAUUUACUGGGGGAUCUAUCAGACAUUACAAGGUAAUGACUUCUUGGAGGACUCUCCGUAUGAAACCAUGAACAGCCGUCUCUCUGACAUUUUCCGCCUGGCUCCCAUCAUCGAGGGUGGGGAACCUUGGAGCAGCUCCGCCACUUCGGCUCCAGGCAGGAGGGGCGCCCAGGGCAGAGAGUCCGCUCUGGGCCGAGGGAGCCCCUCCUCCACGGACCUUCAGGAUCCCAGUAGAAACAGGAGAGCUCAUCCCAAUUGGGCCAUACUGGGCGAGCCUGCAGUGGCCAGAGAGAACAACUGUCUGAACGCCGCCAAGGCGUGCAACCUGAACGACACGUGUAAGAAGUACCGCUCGGCCUACAUCAGCCCGUGCACCAGCCGCGUCUCCACCGCUGAGGUCUGCAACAAGAGGAAGUGCCACAAGGCCCUGCGGCAGUUCUUUGACAAGGUCCCUCCGAAGCACAGCUACGGCAUGUUGUACUGCUCGUGUCCACUGAGCGACCAGACAGCGUGUUCUGAACGCAGGCGUCAGACCAUCGUCCCCGUCUGCUCGUACGAAGAAAAGCAGAAACCAAACUGUCUGGAGCUGCAGGCCUCCUGCAAGACCAACUACAUCUGCAGGUCACGACUGGCUGACUUCUUCGUCAACUGCCAAUCGGAGCCUCGCUCACUGUCGGGCUGUCUGAAGGAGAACUACGCCGACUGCCUCCUCUCAUACUCUGGUCUGAUCGGUACCGUGAUGACUCCCAACUACCUGCGCUCACCCAAGAUCAGCGUCUCUCCCUACUGCGACUGCAACAACAGUGGCAACAACAAGGACGAGUGUGACAAGUUCACCGAGUUUUUCACCGAGAACACCUGCCUCCGUAAUGCCAUCCAGGCCUUUGGGAAUGGGACGGAUGUGGGAGUGUGGCAGCCGAUGUCGCCCGUCCAGACCACCACCUCCACCACCACCCCCUACCAGAGAAACAAAGAACGCAACCCCAACACCAUCGACAACAACAUCAACACAGACCCCAACAUCUACCACUUCUGUGGCAGCCUACAGGCUCAGAAAUUGAAGUCAAACUCAUCCGUCAACGGCGUCUUCUGUGUGGACCCUCUGAUCGACGGUCAAAGUACGUCCAACGCCAUCAUGAGAAACUCGGCGGCGGUCUCCAGACGGCCCGCGGGCCUGGCCUCUCUGCUGCCCCCGCUGCUCUGGCUGUGGUACUGCAGCCCGCUAGCGUCCUCCUCGCCGAGCGCCUUGUAGCCGCUUCGCAGCAACAAACUCCAACGGACUGACAAACACACAUUUGUAUAAAAGAAAAGGCAAAACAAGAAAUUAUAUCCUUUUUUUUUUUCUCAGUAAUAACCUGUUGUACUUUUAUUUCCCUCUCUCUUUUGACUUUGUUUUUUUUAUGAAUUUUGUUGUUUUUAUUGUUUGUUUGUUUUUGCAUUGCAGCUGUGUGCUAAAGCGGUGAUCUGUACGUGUUAACUGGCUGUGCGUUCCCUUUUAGGUUAAAAAAAAGGGAUUUAAAGCUUCCGUACUCGAGGACUACAUUCCAGUAAACCACAGCUGGUGGCUCUUGGAAAGGUACAUACAAUGUAAAUUACAUUUUUCAGAGUCGUCAGAUCAGUUUUCACCCGCGUCUGUUUGUGUGUCGAGGCUAUAGGUGGGAUCUUUUGCUCUAAAAAGUCACAGUCAGUUCAGUAACGGCUACGUUUUAUCACUCGGGCAGCCUUUUAGGUGUUAAUCAGUCUCCUCUGUGGUUUCUGUAUGUUUUGAUAACGACGUGAUCUGGUACAUUUUUACGAAAGGCCCACGUGGAUAUUUACGCUGAGUGAACACCAAUAACAUCAGAGAAGUUAGCGCCCAAACCGUCUCUACUGUAGCUCGCACUGACACACACGUCGCCGCCGGCAAAAGCACACAAGCAAAGACCCACAAACACACAUGUUCACACAUUCAGACAGAAACACACACACACAGCGCCACGCUUCCUGCUCCCGUUUUUUUUACACCUGGAGUGAUACUCAGUAGGUUAGAUACGCUGCUGUGGAUGGCUGAAUCCACUCCACUCAUUAGUGAUUGUACAUACGUGUGAUAGUUAGAAGCCAUGUUCAGUGUUUCUCUACGGAAGGAGCCAGAGAAGCUGCUGCAGUUUCACCUCUUUUUCUUUUUUAGUUUUGAUGUACUUUCGCUGCACUGCGUCCACAAAAACAAGAGCUGAGGAAAAAAAAAUAAUAUUGUUGUAGAGUAUAUUCAACGGUAACUCACACACACCUCCAUCACGCCAGAGCUCAGAGCAUCCUUUUUCUGUCAGUUCAGUGUUACGACUUAUUGCCUCAAUUGUGAAACUGUCAACACGUGUUUGGGGAGGAAGCGAUCGCUUGAUAUUGACCGUUUGCUAAGCCCCGCCCCCCUCACUUACUGUCAGUACGACUGUGGACGUUCCACGCUUGUUCUACCUGUAAUCCCACCAAAUCAUGCAGUUUGCUAUGAUAUGCUCCUUGCAUAGAAAUAAAAUAGGAGUACAACACGGACACUGAAGUGUUUUACAUGAUCAUUUGACUAGUACAAAAAAUAAGGCAAUUGUUGUUAGUUGUCAUGGUGACGGCACAUAUCAGUGGAGCCGUAAAGCGUGAUGUCAGCUCGCUGGGAAGAGAGCGGACGCAGCUCCAGAGACGGAUGUCUGGCUAGUUAGCUAGGUAGAUUGUCCUUCUCUGGAGCGGCAGGGAGUGAGGAGGAGGGACCGUUAGACCCACCAGCCCGCUGUUGGGCUCAUUUUCUGUACCAGUGUAUCAUUAAAGCAUGAUGGAAUUAGCUAGCUAGCUAAUGCCUGACACCUCUGCCUGGAUUUUCUCUUUUCUUCUUAUAUUGCUUUACUCGGGACGCUGCUGGCCGUCUGCAAACAGGCUUUAGGCCCGUCGUCGGGGUGUAACCCCCAGCCAGUAACAGCACACAGGCCCGUUUAUGUGGUCAAAUAUCACCACUUUGUCACGCCCCUCGGCUUCUUAUACCCAGACACAACGGCUAUUCAGAGUUGCGCUGAGUUAGUUGUAUGUUUUUUGUGUCUUGGAACGUAACCGCCUGGAAACAAUCAGAAAAUAACAUUUUAUUUUUCUGAUUCGCUGCUUUGUUCUCACUACCGCCGCUCCCUCACUUCAUUCACUCUCUAGCUAGCUCGACCAUCGCUGCUCUCUCUCCCUCGCUUGUUACUUCAGCCGAGGAGGAGGAGUGACCAACUUAGAGGUACAUAUUAUAUACCUUUAAGUUGUUCAAUUUUACUCAUUUCCUCUGGCUCUCUGUGCUUCGUAACGUUACAACUCCACUGCUCGUUUUAGUCGUUACUGCAAAACCUCACCUCAGUGAGUUCACAACUUGCUGUGAGUCGGUUUAGUUUAUACGUAAGUUAGUAUACAUCCAUGGCUACAACGCUCGCAAUGGUAAUGAUAUACUGUACAUAAAAAUGACCGCCACUCUGACCAACCUGCUAUGUUGAUUUGAUUGUGAAUGGUAUGUUCUACUCCGAUUCUAUUUCUAUGGCUCCUUGGCUUUGGAAGUAACGCCAAAGAACGUAUAUCGCCAAGAAGUGAAAGUCAAUUGGUCAUUCCAUUGCUGCUGUAGAGCUAUGCUUCCGCCAUUUUGGACUGAAAGAGACUACCAGACGCCAGUAAAAAGUUCACCUGAAAGUAUUAGGAGUUUUCAGUCCAAAAUGGCGGCAGCAGCUGUUAUCAAAAAGACACCAGAGUUUCGUCUCUUUGCUCCUCUUUGGUAACACUAUGCUAUUGUAGCUAGAAUGCUAAGAGCCUACACUGUUUAAUCCAUUCCUAGCACUGUUGCUCUUAUUUGUGUUAUUCUGGAAAGGGAAAGCUCGUUGGAUCCAGACUUUGGCUCUUUUUAGUUCCAGCAUGUUGAUUGGACUAUAAAGCUGCUAAGUUUCGACUGAAGAAUCAUUAUUUUUGGGGGGGGGGGUGUUCAGCAAACGGUCAACUCUCUCUUGUCGUGAAAGCGACUGCAGCAAACACGUAACAUGUGACUUAUGUACUGUAUGUAAAUCGUUCAAGCAUUUUGUAUGUCUGCUCCCGAGGACUGCUGGGAAAAUAAAAUAAAAACAACAACAACAUCGCAAUCAUUCUCAGACGUAGACGCAUCUGUUUUGAGGGGAUUUUUUGAGUUCUCGUUUACAUGCAGCACUGUUGCAUGUUCCACCGUCAUUCGGACAACCGACGGGAGCAUCUCCGACACGCUGCUUGGGUUUAUGUAGCUUCUCAGAAAAACAUGAUUAAUGUAUAGCAGAACCUAAAUGUUAUUUACCGAGCAUAAACAUGGUAUAUGCACUGUAUGUACUUGGCUGAAAACUAUAAAAAUUGGACAAAUAAAUGUCUGAUGAUAUUCUAUUCCAGAGCAUUGUGAGCUAUUUUGACAUUCAGAUACAAAAUAUUGAAAAUAAACCAGAAUAUUGUUUUUUAUAACGUGUAUAUUUCUCCCCAGUAUGUACAUGGAAUAUUAUUGCAUCUGAGAAAGAGGAUAUCAAUGUAACUCUCCUACUGUAGUUAUAUGAGCAUAUUGUUUUGUACCAUAGCCCCAUUUAUGAUGUUGCUUAAAUAUAGUAUUUGGGUUUUUUUUGGCUAAGAUUUAAACUUAUUUUUCUAUCUUUUACUAAUUUUUGCUGUUUUGAUGAACGACCGAGCGCCGAUAGCUCAUAUUGAAAUGUUCAACUUUGUUUUUAAGACUGUUCUGUUACCGUAAUUAUUUUGGUUUGAAAUAAUUAUGGCAACAAUAACUAGAAGUUGAGCAAGAAAAUGGUCAUUGCAUGGUGAUUGAGAAGGAAAUAAAUCAGUGUUUAAAGACAAAUAUAUUCUAUACCACAUUGAAGCUUGUUUUUAUGGUAUAUUUGACCGAAAGGUGGGCACGUGGGGAAUUUCCCACAGAUUGAAUGUGUGCAGAUUGGAGGGAAAGUUAAAGAGAAAUGUUUGAAAACUCAACUAACUGGAACUGAUUACAUUUCUCAGAAUUGUGUCUUACGGUACGUCUGCUCAUUUUAUAUUUGAACCCCAGUGUCAUAUCUUCAUUGGCCCUGGAAUAUGAGAUAAAGUUUAUAGAAGAGUUCCUCUGAGCUCAGACGUCCUCCCGAUGUAAAAGUCCCACUUUUUGGACGAAAAAAAAAACGAUGUUAAAUAUGUUUGCUGUCCAUCUCCCAUCCCAUCUGUUGUUUCAAAAAUACCAAAAAUGGCUUUUUUGGAGAUGCAGACUCCCUCAGCUAUCCGGCAUCAUUAACUUCCUUAGCUUGUGAAAAUGUAAAAUCUAUUGUACAAAAAGUUAUGAUUAAAAACUGUGAAAUCACCCAGAA